UCAUUACUUGUGCUCAAGCUAAAAUAUUCACUAUUACAAAAUUUAGUGCUAAUUAUUAUCUAGUUAUCAUCAUAUCAGUAUAUAACAAUAAAUAAAAUAUCUUUAAAUUCAUAUCUGCAAGAAAUAUGGAAGCAAGUCUAGUAAAUGUCAGCAAUUUUGUACCUGCAUUAAAUAAAACAAUAGUAAAUAAAAUCAUAAUUCAUGCCUUAACUACUAUUGGUCCUCAAUUUGCACAUCAAAAGAUGCGAUUUACUAAUCAAACAGUUGCCGAUAAAGUACCUCCAGAAAUGUUGCAUUUAAUUGAUCCUCAUUGGUAUCAAUUCCCACCUUUGGAUCCAUUGUGGCAUAAAAUAUUAGGCUUAGUUAUGAUCGUACUUGGGCUUUUGGGAUGGUCUGGAAAUGGUGUUGUAGUAUAUGUAUUCCUGAUGACACGAUCAUUAAGAACACCUAGUAAUUUACUCGUAGUAAACUUGGCUUUCUCAGACUUUAUAAUGAUGAUUAUAAUGUCUCCACCUAUGGUAAUCAAUUGCUAUUUUGAAACUUGGGUCUUAGGAACCUUGAUGUGCGAUAUCUAUGCUAUGGUUGGUUCUCUAUGUGGAUGCGCAUCUAUAUGGACAAUGACCGCUAUUGCUUUAGAUCGAUAUAAUGUUAUAGUGAAGGGUAUGUCUGGUACACCUCUAACUAUUAAAAGAGCUUUAUUACAAAUUAUCAUUAUAUGGCUAUUUGGAUUAUUAUGGACGAUUUUGCCAAUGGUAGGAUGGAAUAGGUAUGUACCGGAAGGUAAUAUGACAGCAUGUGGUACAGAUUAUCUUUCUAAAGAUUGGGGAUCAAAAUCUUAUAUACUGGUGUAUUCGGUGUUUGUUUAUUAUUUACCAUUGUUUACCAUUAUCUAUAGUUAUUAUUUUAUUGUUUCAACUGUAGCAGCUCAUGAAAAAGCUAUGAAAGAACAAGCUAAGAAAAUGAAUGUUGCCUCAUUAAGAUCUGGCGAUAACCAAUCUGCUAGUGCUGAAGCAAAAUUGGCAAAGGUAGCGUUAACAACAAUAUCAUUAUGGUUUAUGGCUUGGACACCAUAUUUAGUAAUAAAUUAUAUGGGUAUUUUUAAUGGCUCUAAAAUCAGCCCACUUUUCACUAUUUGGGGAUCUCUCUUUGCUAAGGCCAAUGCAAUAUAUAAUCCUAUUGUAUAUGGAAUAAGUCAUCCAAAAUAUAGAGCAGCGUUAAAAGAGAAACUACCAUGUUUUGUGUGUGGGUCAACAGAAGAGCCUGCAGCAGCUGGAGUAGCUGCAGCAAAUGCUGAAACAUCUUCUACUGCAACGGCGAGUGGAAAAGCAUAAUUUUUCUUUAUUAUUAAUAUUCUUUAGUUUUCUUCACAUAAAGAGAAUGGAACAAUAUAAUUAAAUUUUUAGGGAUUUAAUAUGUUAUUAACUAAAUUUAAUAUAAUUCAUUGAUGGUCGUGUAAAAAAAGUAUUAAUUAAGAAAUAAUAGUAAUUAUUAUAUGGAAAUAAAUACUUCAGCG